AUGAAGGACGAAACUCUGCAGACGUUGGUACCUUUGACACCGGCGGAGGACCCCCUAGCCGGCAAAGUCAGGGGCUGGCGAGAGAAUCUCGAUGACGAUGACCGUGCUGUUCUAGCACUGCGAAACUUCAUCUUUGACAUCUGCAACCAGAAUGGCGGCGGACAUGGUGGCUCGGCCAUCGGCAUGGCUGCCAUCGGUGUCGCUUUGUACAAGUAUACGAUGCGUUACAGCCCCUCCAACCCGGAGUGGUUUGAUCGGGAUCGCUUUGUUCUCUCUAAUGGCCACACCGCGAUGUUCCUGUACGCUUUGAACCACCUUGUUGGGUACGAUGCAUGGACAAUGGACGAGAUCAAGGGCUACGGCAGCGCGAAAACCAAUGGCUAUACCACAUUAUGUCAUGCACAUCCAGAGAUUGAAGACCCGGCUGUGGAGGUCACCACGGGCCCGCUGGGCCAGGGCAUCGCCAACGCUGUUGGGCUCGCCAUCGCCUCUAAGAACCUCGCCGCCCGCUAUAACCGGCCGGGGUUUGAUGUCGUCCGCUCUCGUGUGUACUGCACGACCGGAGACGGUUGCCUGAUGGAGGGAGUCGCACUGGAAGCCAUUUCGCUGGCAGGGAGUCUGCAGCUGGACAACCUCGUCCUGAUCUACGACAACAACCAGGUGACCUGCGACGGGCCUCUCGACUGGAUCAAUGUCGAGGACGUCAAUGGGAAGAUGCGCGCCUGCGGUUGGCACGUCCUGGAGAUUGCGGACGGAUCGUACGAUGUUCAGGCACUGGUAGCGGCAUUUGAGUUCGCUCGAACCCUGACGGGGAAGCCUGUCUUCAUCAACGUCUGUACCGUCAUUGGACUCGGUACCUCGACCGCGGGGACGUAUAAGGCCCACCACGGUGUCUUUGAUGCUGAGAGUGUGGCCCUAUCAAAGCGCCUGGCAGGGCAGGACCCGUCGACAACGCACCAGAUUCCGCCCUCCUCCCUCAAGUACUUUCGGGAGAGAAAGCAGCACGGCCAGAAGCUGCAAAGCGAGUGGGAUGACCUCGUCAAGCGCUAUGAGUCGGCCUACCCAGACCUCUCGAAGGAGUUUCGGAAAAGGAGGACAGGUGACAACGGAGACGAGUGGCGGACGGUCCUUGAGACGAUAGACUCGAAGAGCUUCGCAGGGAGCGCCACCCGCGAGGUUAAUGGGACCAUCAUUGAGAGCAUGUGGAAGGCCCAUCCAGCCCUCUUCGGGGGCGGCGCCGACCUUGUCAAUUCAAACAAGGUACCGUACGAGGCCGCCGAGGUUUUCCACCCGUCAGUGAACUACUCGGGACGUUACCUACGCUAUGGAAUCCGUGAACAUGCGAUGGCGUCCAUCUCUAAUGGUAUCGCCGCCUAUAACCCGGGCACUUUCCUCCCUUUCACGGCCACGUUCUUCAUGUUUUACCUUUAUGCUGCUCCAGGAGUCCGCAUGGGUGCCCUGAGCCAUCUCCCAGUCAUUCAUUUCGCAACACACGAUUCCUUUGCUGAGGGACAAAACGGCCCAACGCAUCAGCCAGUGGAGCUGGAUUCCCUAUAUCGCGCUAUGCCAAACCUAACAUAUAUUCGACCAUGCGAUGCUGAGGAGACCAUCGGAGCCUGGAUGCUCGCUCUCUCCAAGUCCACGGGCCCCUCCCUACUUUCCCUCGGUCGCGACCCUGUAGGCCCCGUGGCAAAUACGAACAGGUUCAAAGUUGCCAAGGGGGCAUACGUCGUCGAGGAAGCCGCUGACGCGAAGCUCACCCUCGCCAGUUGCGGCACCAAUUUGCACUAUGCCGUCGCAGCUGCGAGGAAUCUGGCUGCCUCCGGAAUCCUAACUCGUGUGGUUAGCGCGCCGAGCUUCGAGCAUUUUGAUAUGCAAGAUGCCGCGUACAAGAACUCGGUAUUCCCCCUGGACGGCUCGCCCAUUGUGAGCGUUGAGGAGUACGUUGCCACGACCUGGGCACGCUACGUGACCGCCAGCGUGGGCAUGACCACCUAUGGAUACUCGGCCUCAAACGCCAGUAAUUAUGACAGAUUCAGCCUGGAUGCGAAGGGAAUAGAGACGAGGGUCAAGAAAUACCUCAGGGAUUUGGCUGGUAGUGACGCCAGGAGGGCAGGAUGGCGUGCAAUUUAG